AUGGACAAUGACGAGCUCAACCUCGAGAUUAUCGUCAACAACAAGGUCACGGACAAGGGUCAGGCCGUCAUUCAGCUCGAGACCGCCAUCGGUGCCGCGAUCAAGCACUUCUCGUCUGCUAUCGGCAUCAACGUCCCCCGUUCGCGUUUCCUUCCCGUCAAGUCGUGCUCUGACCUGCUCCUGAUCAAGUCGUCGCUCUACAACCUGCAGCACGGUGUGCUGUCGAUGGACAAGUCGCGCGAGUUUGGCGGAACCCCCGUCGUCAAGCUCGGCGACCAGUUCAAGAAGGUUGCCAACUUUGAGAAGCGCUUCAAGUCGAUCCCCAACAUCAAGGAGCUCGACCACCUCACUGUUUCCGGCGACGUCUGGUUCGGAAAAGGCGUCCGUCUCGCGGGAACCUGCAUCAUUGUCGCCACCGAGGGCAACAAGAUUAUGAUCCCCGACGGAACCAACCUCGAGAACAAGCUUAUCACUGGCAACCUCAGCAUUAUUGACCACUAA